AUGGAUGAAUGCCUACUUCACAGUUCAAAGUCUCCUGCCACUCCGAAAAAGGGCAACGUCACCGAGAAAGAGUCUCAUCGACGCGGUAAAAGGAGCCUCAGCAACAGCUCAGCCGUGGCUGCUGCCUAUAUCGCCUACCUUAAUAAACUCUUUGGACAGGAGCGAGAACUGAUGCCCCUGGAGUUAGAUGAAUUACGAGAGGCCUUCAAGGAGUUUGACUACGACGCGGAUGGCUUCAUACAUUACAAAGACAUUGCCGACUGCAUGAGGACCAUGGGCUACAUGCCUACGGAGAUGGAACUGAUCGAGAUCAUCCAACAGAUAAAGAUGAGAUGGGGCGGCCACGUGGAUUUUGACGACUUCUGUGCGUUAAUGGGCCCGAGGAUGCUGGCUGAGACUGCUCACAUGGUUGGGCUCAAGGAGCUUCGCUGUGCCUUCAAACAAUUUGACUGCAAUGGGGACGGUAAGAUUACAUUUGAAGAGCUGAAGGACGGCAUGAAGACUCUCCUUGGCGAGAAGCUGAAGAAGGGUGAGCUGGAGGAGAUACUCGGUGACAUUGACCUGAACAAAGAUGGCAACAUUGAUUUUGAUGGUGAGCAGAUUGGAGUUCAUGAUGAUGCUCUCUGCCCGGUGACCUCUAACGGCUGA